AAAGUUAAUUGUUUUCAAUUAAAUCAAUGAAUUCCGGAGUGUAAAUACUGAUUUAUAAAUUAACUAGAUUUUGCCUAAUAUAUUUGACAAAAGGUGGGAUUGAAUAUUAAAGAGGUGGAAAAAGGAAAAGUUAAAAAAAAAAAACUAAAGGAAGAAAAGUUUGUCAAUUUUGAGGUUAACCGUUAAAAAUGUUAGAAUUGUUAUCACUAAAUGUUGAAUAGUUUAAAACAUUUAAAGACUUUAAGGAAAUUGUUAUUUUAUAAGCAUUUAAUGUGUCAUAUUGAAAGGUAGUGCCAUUGUAAAAGAAAUAUUUACUGAGAAAGUGUUGUUUAAUUAGAAACGUCAAAAUGCCUUGUGAAAUGAUAACACUGCAACUCGGACAAUGCGGAAAUCAGAUUGGGUUCGAAUUUUGGAAGAGACUUUGUGCCGAGCAUGGCAUUAGUCCGGAGGGAAUUUUGGAAGAUUAUGCGACAGAAGGAACUGAUAGGAAAGACGUCUUUUUCUAUCAGUCUGACGAUGAACAUUACAUUCCACGUGCUGUUCUCUUGGAUUUGGAACCAAGGGUUAUUCACACAAUUAUGAAUUCUCCGUACUCGAAGCUUUAUAAUCCGGAAAAUAUCUAUUUAUCAAAACAUGGAGGUGGUGCAGGAAAUAAUUGGGCGUCAGGUUAUCAUCAAGGGGAGAAACUUCAGGAGGAGAUUUUCGAUAUUUUGGAUCGAGAAGCAGAUGGAAGUGAUAGUUUGGAGGGUUUUGUUCUCUGUCACUCGAUAGCCGGUGGAACUGGUUCGGGAAUGGGUUCAUUUAUGCUGGAGAGUUUGGCCGAUAGAUUUCCAAAAAAAUUAAUUGAAACUUACAGCGUUUUUCCCAAUCAGGACGAAAUAAGUGAUGUCGUUGUUCAGCCGUACAAUUCUCUGCUCACGUUGAAGCGAUUAACGCAAUGUGCCGAUUGCGUUGUUGUUUUGGACAAUACGGCUCUAAAUAGAAUUGCCUCGGACAGAUUGCACAUACAAAAUCCAAGUUUCUCGCAAAUUAAUAAAUUGGUUUCGACAAUUAUGUCUGUCAGCACCACUACUCUCAGAUAUCCUUCGUAUAUGAACAAUGACCUGGUGGGCUUGAUAGCGCCUUUAAUUCCGACGCCGAGAUUACAUUUCCUGAUGACAGGUUACACUCCACUUACUACAGAUCAAGAAGGAGCAAGCGUUCGAAAAACUUCAGUAUUAGAUGUUAUGCGACGAUUACUGCAACCGAAAAAUAUGAUGGUCUCAACAGCUUUAGAUAGAAAUGCUGCACAUUGUUAUAUAUCAAUUUUAAAUAUUAUCCAGGGCGAAGUUGAUCCCACACAAGUUCACAAAUCAUUGCAAAGAAUUCGAGAGCGAAAACUCGCACAAUUUAUUCCCUGGGGUCCAGCCAGCAUCCAAGUAGCUCUGUCCAGAAAAUCUCCUUAUAUUCAGAGUACUCAUCGCGUCUCUGGUUUGAUGUUAGCCAAUCACACCAAUAUCUCAUCGCUUUUCGACCGAGCACUGCAGCAAUAUGACAAAUUGCGUAAAAGAGAAGCUUUCUUGGAGCAAUUUCGCAAGGAGAAAAUGUUCGAGGAAAAUCUAAAUGAACUUGAUAAUUCAAGAGAAGUGGUCGAGUAUUUAGUGAAAGAAUAUCAAGCGGCAACAAAAGCGGAUUAUCUCACUUGGAGUCCAAAUAAAGCGGAAUGAAGAAAAGACAAAAGAUCUGGUACGAUUUUUAUAAUUUAAAACAUUAUACUUAAAAUUUUCAAUUUAAGCAAAUUUUCUGAAAAAAUACUCAGUUACAUUCUUUUAUAUCAUUUUAGAAAUCAAUUUUUUUAGUUUUCUAAAAAUUAACGUUCAAAUAUAUUUUUAUAUUUUCAUUACUAAAUACAAGCUUUAUGCUAAAAAAAUUAUUUUUCUUUUCGGAAUGAGAUUAUUUGUAAAUGAGACACGAUUACUCGAAAUUGAUAUAUUUAUUCAAGAAUCUAUUUUUUCUCCAAAAGUGAUUGUAUAAAAAAAAGCUUAUAAAAUAGAUUAUCGUUUGUAGAAUCGUGGACAAAUUAUAUCAAGUUUAUUUACUAAA